CACGGUCGACUUGGGAGUGCACCGCCCCUACACUGUGCUCCACUCCUAAUGUGGCUCAGCCGGUCAGGGAGGGAGUUACUCCCUGCCCCCCUUGGAGUAGUCGUGUGUAGGACAGGAGGCUCAUCAGGGAUCCCCUGCAGAAACAGAGUGAGUAACUCAGGAAAGGAAGGCGUACAGCAUGAAGUGCCACUAUGAGGUGCUGGCAGUGGCCCAGAGUGCCACAGACUCAGAGCUCAAGAAGGCCUACUACAAGAUGGCUCUGCAGUGGCACCCAGAUAAAAACCCUGAUAGGUUGGAAGAAGCGAAGGUUCAGUUCCAGCUGAUCCAGGCAGCGUAUGACACCCUCUCAGACCCUCAGGAGAGAGCCUUUUAUGACCGCAAUAGAGAGAGCAUCCUGCGAGGAAAAGCGUCCGGGGGAAACUCAAAGCCGGAAACUCUCGACUUGUUCAAGUUCUUCUCAUCCCAGUGUUACUCUGGCUUCAAUGAUUCUGAGAAGGGAUUCUACACUGUCUACAGGCAAGUGUUUGAAAAGCUGGCAGCAAUGGAUAUGCCGUACAUGGAUGAUGAGGAGGAAGAAAUAUUCAUCCCUAGCUUUGGACAAAGUGACUCUGACUUAGAGGAUGUUGGCAGGUUUUAUGCCUACUGGUCAAGUUACUGUUCCUCCAUGGACUUUCACUGGGCUGACGAGUAUGACAUCCGGGAGGCCCAGCGCAUGGGCCGCUGGGUGGAGAAGAAAAUCGAGAAGGAUAACAACAAGGCUCGUCAGAGAGCUCGGAGAGAGUUCAACGAGGAAGUCAGAGCUCUUGUGGCCUAUGUCCGCAAGAGAGACAAGCGGUGGCUGGAGCGCAAGAAACAAAUCAAUGCCAAGAUUGCGGAGAAUGCCCAGAAGCAGCUGGCCUGCCAGCAGCGGCAGCGAGAGGAGCGGCAGAAGUCCAUGAAGGAACACGUUGCCAAAGAGAGAGCAAACCUUGCCGCCUACGAGGAGCAGCUCAAGCUACUGGAAGGACAGUUUGCUCGUGAUUGGGGCACGACAGAGAGUGAGGAGAGUGACUUCAGUGAGGAGGGGGAAGCUGAGGAGGGCGCCGAAGGGACCAUGGAGGCUCAGGAGGCCGAGGAGGACCUGCUGCUGGAUGACCUGUACUGUGUGGCCUGCAACAAGACCUUCAAGACAGAGAAAGCCAUGGAAAAUCACCAGCGAUCAAAAAAGCAUAAAGAGAACUUGGAGGCCCUGAAAGCUACCAUGACUGCAGAGGACAGAGAGUAUUUUAACUCGAGCACUGCUGACAUGGAAGCUGAACAACAAAGUCAGGAGAAUGGUGCACCCACUCAGAAGACAUCCAAAAAGAAAAAAAAGAAGAAAUCAUCACAGGAAACCCCACCACAGGCCACAGACUCCACUGGUAGAAGAAACAAAAGGAAACAAAAAGAUGGAAUUAGUCUAGGAGUUAGUGGCUUUUCAUCUGAGGAUGGUGACGGAGAGACCGCUGCCCAGCCUCCCAACAACUCAACCGAUGAUGUGGAUGCCAGCGCCAGACCUGAUCCUGCUGACCAGAGUGCCAGCAGUGGGGGGGAGGAUGGGGACCAGACUAGUGAUGCAGAGAGAGUACUUAAUGGGGACUCAGGGGUAGGAAAGCCAAUGUCUUUUGGUGAAGAAGACAAGGAUGAGGAGGAGAGGCUUCAAGCAAAACAAAAGUUGAAAGGGAAAAAAGCUAAAGAUGCCAGAAAACGUGCAAAGGAGGCGAGCAGUGCAGCAGAGCCAGAGGCAAAGGAGGUGCUGUGCACGGUGUGUGGCAACAUUUUCCCCUCCAAGAACAAGCUCUUCCAGCACAUCAAGAAGGAAGGUCAUGCUGCCCUCAAGACAACAGGGAAAGAGAUAAGAGGAAAAGUUAAAAGAAAAUAACCUUAAAAGUGAUAAUUGCUUUAGUUUGUUUAUUUUUGAAGUGUAAAGGCAGUUACACACUGGAUGCUUGGCCAUGCUGUGGGCACACUCUCAAUUCAUGACAAGUGACUGUUCACAACAAAAGCUGUCUCUUAAGGGGUACAUGCCUGGCAGCCUUUAUGAAUGGCCCCAGUGAAAGCAACACAAACUUUUGGGGGCUGCAUCCCUGUCCCACCAGUGUGGAACUGCCUUGACUGAUGAGUGAGAUGGUUGCUUUUAAUUGUAUUUAACUUCUGGAAAAUAUUACACAAGUUCAGCUUUGGUACAUAUGAGAGUUCAGAGUGACAGGAAUAUCAAUCUUGAAUUGAAUAUUCAUUUUGGUAUUGUUCACCAGCGGCUGCUGAACCUUGUCAGCUGCCUGAAGCUAUGGGGCACUGACAACUGGCUUACAACUGUAAACUGUAUAGUAUUUAUUUUGUAUCUUUAUUACAACCCAAAUCUUAUAAUCUUAAACUGAA